AUGUCUCCUGUCCCGGUGUCCGUGUCUGACUCCGGCCGUUAUCGCUGCUGGGCGCGCGUCGGGGUGGGGCCGCGGCUCCUGUCCCGCGAGGCUCACCUGGAGCUGGCAGGUCUCCCGGUGUUCGUGGAGGAGCCCCAGGACCUGCAGGUCCCCGCGCUGUCCCCGUUCUCUCUGCGCUGCCGCGCCCGCGGCCCCCAGCCCGUGCGGCUCCUGUGGCUGCGCGAGGGGACGCCCCAGAACGCGGGGACAGCUGAGGGGGACGGCUCCACCCUGAGGGUGACAGGGCUGAGGCGCAGCAGCUCCUUCUCGUGCGAGGCGCACAACGAGCGCGGCGUGACGACGUCCCGGAGCGCACCGUCACCGUGCUGGCCCCAGCCCCCAAAAAUUUGGGGUGGUUCGGGCGGGGCCGCGGUGGCUCGAGGUGGCCUGGGAGCCCGGGGAUGGCCUUGGGGACAUCGGGGACGGCCCUGGGACAUCGGGGAUGGCCCUGGGGACAUCGAGGACAUCGGGGACAGAGGGCCCCAGGAGUGCACGGUGCAGCUCUCCCCGGCCGUCACCGAUGACGUCACGGCCUCCAAUGACGUCACCGCCGAUGACGUCACGGCUGUGGCGAUGUCGCGCUCGGUGCCGGUGCCGCCGUUCUCGGCCAGGCUGGGCGGGCUCCGCCCCCUGUCGCGAUACCGCGCCCGCGUCUCCUGUCGCGACAGCAGCGGCCCCACGGCCUGGAGCCCCUGGGAGAGCGUGGCCACCGGGCCGGGGGGCUGGACGAGCAACUCCGGGCUGGACGAGCGGCUCCAGGAUCCCUGUCCCCCCAGGCUGGACGAGCGGCUCCGGGUGUGCGUGGCGGAUUUCGGGCUCUCCAAGCAGGUCGGCUGUUCCCAGUAUUACCGGCAGGGCCGCGGCGCCCCCGUCCCCGUCAAGUGGGUGGCCCUGGAGAGCCUGGCUGAGCGCGUCUACACCACCAAGAGCGACGUGUGGUCAUUCGGAGUGACCAUGUGGGAGAUCGCGGCGCGGGGCCUGACGCCGUACCCGGGGCUGGAGAACAGCGAGGUGUUCGAGUUCCUGCGGGGGGGGCGGCGCCUCGGAGCCCCCCCGCACUGCCCGCCACAGCUGUACGCCCUCAUGCGCCGCUGCUGGGCCGCCGACCCCCGAGCCCGCCCCACCUUCGAGGAGCUGGGGGGGGCCCUGGGGGGGCUCCUGCGGGGGCUGCCCCCCCCCCCGGGGACCCCCGACCCCCUCUACGUCAACAUGGGCCGGGCUGGGGGAGGGGCGGCGGCCGCGACCCCCCCCGAGCCCCCCAAAAUUCUCCCGGAGCCCCCCCAGGAGCCCCCCGGCAGCGAGGGGGGGGGUCCCGGGAGAUACGUGCUGUGCCCCUCCCCCCCCGAGAUCGGGACCCCCCCCGAGUUUGGGGGGGUCCCCCCCGAUUUUGGGGCUUCUGAGGAGGGGGCAUGA